AUCGCCGACGCCUCUCCGGACGCCAGUCGCCAUCUCUCCAGUCGCUGUCCGUGUGCCUCGCCGAUGACGAUGCCACAGAGCUCACAGGAGCGCAAAACCGACACCAACAUCAAGCAGGCGGUUCUCGUCUCCGCCUUCGCGGCCGCCCUCCUGGCCGCGUCGCCGACGCCCAAGCUGGUGCUCGCACCGCUGGCCUUUGUCGCUCUCAUCCUCUUCGUCAAGAUCUUCGAGCUGUACGAGUCCGCCACCCGCAUCCGGCCGCUCGACGUUCCCACGCAGAUGGCGGACGAGCUCAUCGACUACAGCGCAGCUACUGGCCCACUCUACACCACGGACCCGGCCGGCGAGGCGAUCGUGCGCGUCUCCAAGAGCGGGUGGGCGGCGCUCGAGCCAACCUCGCUGCCAAGGCUCUUCAAACAGGCGACCGCGCGCUUCCCAGACAAGCCGGCCCUCCGCGUGGAGGCGGACGGCGUCAACGGCGGCGGCUGGGUGACCUACUCGUGGGCCGAGUACUACGCCGAGAGCCAGAGAGUGGCGCAGUCGCUGCUGGCGCUCGGGCUGGAGGCGCACGACCGCGUCAACAUCAUCGGCUUCAACUCGCCGGAGUGGUUCAUCGCAGAGAUGGGCACCCUCCUCGCCGGCGGGGCCGCGGCGGGCGUCUACGCGUCCAACGGCCCCGACGCGUGCAAGUACAUUGCGGUCCACUCGUCCGCGCGCGUCAUCUUUUGCGAGGGCCUGCAGCAGGUCGACAAGUACCUCGGCUUCCGCGAGCAGGUGCCCGACUGCCUCGCCCUCGUCGUGUGGGGGGGCGGCAUCUCGCCAGAAGAGAUCGCCGCGCGCGCGUCGCUCCCCCGCGAGGGAGGCCGCCCGCUGCCGGUCUACAGCUGGUCCGACUUCCUUGCGCUCGGCGGCGUCGUGCCGUUGUCGGAGGUCGAGGCGCGCAGCGAGGCGGUGCGGCCGGGCCAUGUGGCGACCCUUGUCUACACGUCUGGCACUACCGGCAACCCGAAGGCAGUCAUGGUCUCGAAUGACAACAUGAUCUGGACGUCGUUGAGCGCUUCGUCGCCCAUCUUUGCCGAGGGCGUCAAGGCGGGAGUCUCUCCGCCCGAGAACCUCAAGAUUGUCUCGUACCUCCCGCUCUCGCACGUGCUCGGCCAGAUCCUCGACCUGAUCGGGCCGAUGGUGGUUACCGCCUGCGGGGCAGGGUACGGGCCAGACCUGCUCGCCAGGCACUACAUGACGACGUGGUUCGCGCGCCCCGACGCGCUCAAGAGCAGCAGCAGCCUCAAGAGUACGCUCGUCGCCGCGCGACCGACACUCUUCGUCGGCGUGCCCCGCGUCUGGGAGAAGAUCAAGGAGGGGAUCCAGCAGGUGGGGAAGAAGACGCCCGCGCCGAUCAAGGCGGUCUCCGACUGGGCGAAGCGGCUCUCGCUCGCGGCGGCGCUGGACCGGCAGGUUGGGCGCGAAGCGAGGCGCUCGCUCCCCUUCCUGAUCGCGCGCCACGUCGUGCUGAACCGCAUCAAGGCCGCGAUCGGGCUCGACCAGUGCCUCGUCCACUACACGGGCUCCGCGCCGAUGGGGCGCGACGUCUUCGACUACUUUGCCUCCCUCGACAUCGACAUCCUCGACACGCUCGGCGCGUCCGAAGCGAGCGGGCCGACGACGCUAAACACGCCGAUGAUGCACCGCCUCGGCACGCUCGGCGCCCCGAUCCCCGGCGUCGAGGUGUCGGUCGACCACCAGCCGGGCCGUGACAAGCCCGGCGAGGGUGAAAUCAUCUAUCGGGGGCGGAAUGUCUGCAUGGGCUACAUGAACGACGAGGCAAAGACGGCGGAGGCGAUCGACCAGGACGGCUGGUUCCACUCUGGCGACGUUGGCUCCUUCGAGGACGGGCUGCUGCGCAUCACCGGCCGCAUCAAGGAGCUGCUGAUCACGGCGGGAGGAGAGAACAUCGCCCCUGUGCCGAUCGAGGAGCGGCUCAAGGAGCUCUGCCCCGCCCUGUCCAACGCGAUGCUCGUCGGCGACAAGCGGAAGUACAACGUGGUGCUGCUCACGGCCAAGACAGUGCUAGACCUCGCGACCGGCCUCUCCACGGGCACGCUCGCCCUCGAGGCCCUCGAGGUCUCCUCCGCCGCCACCGACGCCGAGGCGGUCGCCGAGUCGCAGCGCGCCGGCGCGGCGUGGCAGCGGUACAUCCAGCGAGGGAUCGACGAGUACAACGCAACGUACGCCGUCUCCAACGCGCAGAAGAUCCAAAAGUUCGUCUUGCUGCCGGGCGACUUUUCGGAGCGCGGCGGCGAGCUGACGCCGACGCUCAAGCUCCGCCGCGCCGCCGCCGUCGAGAAAUACGCCGCUGCGAUAGAGCGCCUCUACUCGUGAUGCGAGGGCAAGCACACCGACACUCUCGUGACAAAGCUGACACGUGACAGAGCCGUCCACUCCGACUUCACAGUUCCAGUGUUCCACAGACCGCACGCGCGCACACGGUGCGGCUCGGUCUCUAGCACCCGGUCGUCGAUAGCCGUAUCCGCAAUCCGGUGAGUGCGCCGCGCGACGGGGUCGAGUGGGGCUGGGCGUCUCGCGCGAGAACGACACACGCUCCCUCGUCCCCGCGCGUGUUUGUUUAUUUGUGAGCUGUGGUACAGGUUUAAAAGGUAAGGUAACAA